CUCUUUUCCAUAGAUGCUGCGUGGCCUGCUGAGCUCCUCCAGUAUUUUGUGUGUGUUGCUUCCUCUACCUCCUCUUGCUCUGGACUUUUCUACCGAUAUUUAAGAAGUGGAGCAAGGGAUUCAAUCAACCGUCCUUCCUACUCAGACUGUGGGGAGGGAUUCUCUCGGUCAUCUGACCAACUCGCAAGCCCGUCACUUUACACAGGAGAAAGGCCUUUCACCUGCUCAGACAGUGGGAAUGGAUUCACUCGGUUAUCACAAUUGAAGGUACAUCAGCAAGUUCACACUGGGCAAGGCCAUUCACCUGUUCUGUGUGUGAGAAAAGGUUUAGUUGGUCAUCCCACCUGUGGACACACCAAUCAGUUCACACCACACUGAGCAGAGGCUGGUCAUCUGCUGAAUUUCUGGGAAAGGAUUCACUCAGUCAUCUGACCUAAUGGCUCACCAGCCACUUCACACUGGGGAGAAGCCGUUCACCUGCUCUGUCUGUGGGAAGGGAUUCACUCAGUCAUCUGCCCAACAGAGACAUCAGCGAGUUCACAGUGGAGAGUGGCCGUUCACCUGCUCAGACUGUGGGAAGAGAUUCACUAAUUUAUCCAACCUACAGAGACAUCAGCGAGUUCACACUGGGCAGAGGCCGUUCACCUGCUCAGUCUGUAGGAAGAGAUUCACUCAUUUAUCCAGCCUACAGAGACAUCAGCGAGUUCACAGUGGAGAGAGGCCGUUCACCUGCUCAGAAUGUGGGAAGGGAUUCACUCAGUCAUCCCACCUACAGAGUCACCAGCAAGUUCACACCGGGGAGAAGCCGUUCACCUGCUCAGUCUGUGGGAAGGGAUUCACUCAGUUAGCUAACCUACAGAAUCACCUGCGAGUUCACACUGGGGAGAGGCCAUUCACUUGCUCAGUCUGUGGGAAGGAAUUCACUCAUUUAUCCAACCUACAGAGACAUCAGCGAGUUCACAGUGGAGAGAGGCCGUUCACCUGCUCAGAAUGUGGGAAGGGAUUCACUCAGUCAUCCCACCUACAGAGUCACCAGCAAGUUCACACCGGGGAGAAGCCGUUCACCUGCUCAGUCUGUGGGAAGGGAUUCACUCAGUUAGCUAACCUACAGAAUCACCUGCGAGUUCACACUGGGGAGAGGCCAUUCACCUGCUCAGUCUGUGGGAAGGGAUUCACGCAGUUAGCUAACCUACAGAAUCACCUGCGAGUUCACACUGGGGAGAGGCCAUUCACUUGCUCAGUCUGUGAGAAGGAAUUCACUCAUUUAUCCAACCUACAGAGACAUCAGCGAGUUCACACUGGGGAGAGGCCGUUCACCUGCUCAGUCUGUGGGAAGAGAUUCACUAAUUUAUCCAGCCUACAGAGACAUCAGCGAGUUCACAGUGGAGAGAGGCCGUUCACCUGCUCAGAAUGUGGGAAGGGAUUCACUCAGUCAUCCCACCUACAGAGUCACCAGCAAGUUCACACCGGGGAGAAGCCGUUCACCUGCUCAGUCUGUGGGAAGGGAUUCACUCAGUUAGCUAACCUACAGAAUCACCUGCGAGUUCACACUGGGGAGAGGCCAUUCACUUGCUCAGUCUGUGGGAAGGAAUUCACUCAUUUAUCCAACCUACAGAGACAUCAGCGAGUUCACACUGGGGAGAGGCCGUUCACCUGCUCAGUCUGUGGGAAAGGAUUCACUCUGUCAUCUACCCUACUGGUACAUCAGCGAGUUCACACUGGGGAGAGGCCAUUCACCUGCUCAGUCUGUGGGAAGGGGUUCACUCACUCUUACAACCUACAGAGACACCAGCGAGUUCACACUGGGGAGAGGCCGUUCACCUGCUCAGAAUGUGGGAAAGGAUUCACUCUGUCAUCUACCCUACUGGUACAUCAGCGAGUUCACACUGGGGAGAGGCCGUUCACCUGCUCAGUCUGUGGGAAGAGAUUCACUCAUUUAUCCAGCCUACAGAGACAUCAGCGAGUUCACACUGGGGAGAAGCCAUUCACCUGCUCAGUCUGUGGGGAGAGAUUCACUCAGUCAUUCACCUUACAGAGACACCAGCGAGUUCACACUAGAGAGAGGCCGUUCACCUGCUGAGAAUGUGGGAAAGGAUUCACACAGUCAUCCCACCUACUGGCACACCUCUCAGCUCACAAUGGGGAGUGGCCAUUGUUAUGCAUCCCUAGGUUUUGUUUGAUGUGGACUUUCAUUUUAAGAGAGAGAGAGGGAGAGAUUAAAAAGACAAAUCAGUCCAAUUUGCAGCUUGUUUACAUCGUGUGCAGCUUGUUUAGUUUUAACCAAGGACACAGACACUCAGAGACAGACAGAGACAAAGGAGGAAAAAUGGAAGGAUCGAAACCAGGGAACUAGUGGCCAAGGGUCACUGUUUGGAACUUUCCUUUGCUCACAA